GAAGAUGUCAACGACAUGUUGAAACGAUUGCAAGUGCGGAAAGACGAUCCAAAACAAAACGUUCCCCAACAACUCCCUCAAGAGCCUAUUGAACAAUUUCAUCAACAGCUCUCUCCCCCGUUCCCCAAACACUUCCAUGAGCAGUUUCCAUCAACAGGUUCCUCAACAACCUCCCCAACAGUUCUCUACACAGCCCCCACAACAACACCAGAACUCACUGCUGGAUGAAAUCGAUGCAGUGGAGGAUGAUGAUGAUGAAGAAGAAGAACGUUAUAUCGAAAUGGAGGAGAAAGAACCCCUUUAUGAACGUGUCCAGUUUCCUCCUGCUUCUUCAACUACCGUUGCUUCUACUAAUAACCCAGACGAAGCCCAAGGUAAGAGCCAGUCAAAUUCCAGUGAUCAGAGGUCUGGAAGGGAGUCCAUCUCCAAGAGUCCAUCAAUCGAGAAAAAUCCGAAAACAUACUAUCAGAAAAAUGAGACAGCGUACCCUACCGCAAUUUCCAAAGAAAGGGCCGAAAGCCAGUCUGUUAGUCCUAAUCUAGCUGAACCUAACAAGAGAAAAAACAAUCAAGAAAAAGGAGAAACAAAAGUCACAGCAACUACGACACCAGCCCAAGGGUUGGCGGCUUUAAAGAGCCUUAUAGCCAAAGCGGCCGCAGGAACGUUGAGUUCCAAGAGCUCACUGACUAAAACUCAGGAUGAAACUACUACAAAAAUUGAAAAGAAAGUCGAAAAUAUUGAAUCAUCUUCUCAGAAAAUUCGUAGUAGUGAUCAGGCUAAAAAUGCGCCAUCGUCUUCAAAAAUUGUAGUGUCCUCAGUUCUAAAGCCUAGCAAAGCAACCGUAUCCACUUCUACAUCGACUUCUACCUGUACGUCAACUGCCACCGAACCAGCCGAGGAUGUUGCGCAAGAAAAUGACUAUUGGUUGGAAGAAAAGUUAAAAAUGCAAAAUACAGCCGCAUACCAAUCUUUUCAAAAAGGUGCACUCCUAAAGAAAAACUUGACUUCCAAGGGGACGUCUCCGCCACCACAAACCAUAUCGACUCAGACCUACGAAGCUGUGGACCCAAUUAGAGAAAUAGCUAAAAUCCAAGAAAUUCCUGCUCCCAAGCUGAAACGCACGUUGUCUCUAAACAUGGGAGCUCGAGACCUUAAAGAACAAGGACAAGAACCUCUUACCGGCCGACACAAUUUCAUGAGCCGCAGAUUUCAGCAUAAAAACAACCCAGACAAUCGCAGAAACUACACAGGUUCUACGCAGAGCUUGCAUCAGAUACUUCAUGACGAAAGUCCACCUCCAAGAACGACCAGUGGAACAUUCUCUGAUCGCAGUUUAUCUCAAGAAUCGAUGGAAAUGAUGGAAGAGUCUGACGGGCCCUACCGUAUGGGUAAAAGCAGCCGAAACAGAAACAAUAGAUCUAUGAAAGAUCUUGCGAUGGAAAGACCAUCUUUCCACAAACGCAACUAUGAGUCGGAUUACGAUGAACGGCGAUAUUCAAAUACGAGCAGUAGCCGCUAUCGACCCGAGUAUCGUCCUCUUGGUAGAGAAAGACAUCCACCUCACGCAGCUCCAGCGCUGGAGAGUCGUCGAAGGAUGUUUGAACGUGAACAGCAAGGCAGUCGCAGAUGGGAACCGGAAUAUUCAGACUCCUAUAGUGAUGUUGACUUCAAACGACAAUAUUCGAAUGAUAUAUCACGUGACCGUGGAAGAGAGAGAGAAAGGGAGCGCGUCACGGAAUAUAGACGAUUAUUUCAGCCACCAAGCCCUGCACCCGAAGAUUUCAGGCUUAAGAAGCCAUCCAUGAGACGUCAAGAUAGUAACACUAGCAAAAGCAGCCAAGAAUCUUCUUUCAACAGACACUACCCGGAAGGAUUGUUUGAUACGUAUCGAUCUAGAUUUGAGGGACGAUCGGGAAGGGGAACAUCAUCUGAAAAAUCCGCUCCGAGUAGUCGUGGAGGUUCCGUGUCAAGUUCGGAACCUCUUCCUUUGCUUGAAUCCAGGCGAACAUUAGCUGGCCAGCUAAAACCCAUGGAUUAUCGAAGUGGUGCACCGGAAGACAGUUUGCUUAAACGGCGAACGAAGCCUAUACCGCAAAAAGUCAUUCAAGAACAAUCUCCAGUGGUAAAACUGGAUUCGCUUAUCAAGGAGGCAAAAGAAUUAGGAUUUGAGGCUGAGCAUUUGCAAAUUGCUUUAUCACUUUGCGGUGACAGUCAACCUGUUAACUGGCUCAGGGACAAUUGGCUGAAUAUGAUCGAUACGGUUGUCACGCUGGCGACCAAUUAUGGGCACGAAAGACCCGACAAUAAUAUUGGUACUCUAACGCGCGAAGAGGCCAUCCGUGCAGUAUUGAAAAAUCAAGGCAACAUCUGGAAUUCCGUGACCGAAUGCGUCGAAGAGCGCCAAAGAAAAUUCAACGACUUACUGAUCCGUGGUAAGGGCGAGUUUGAUCGUCAGGAUAUUAUCACUGCCUUGACAGCCAGCGCCGGAAACACUGACAUCGCGUAUGCCGAGCUGUGUAGGCCACCACCUCCACCUCUGCCUAGCACCAGCCCACCGGCUCCUUUUCAUGAACGAUCAGAUUCUUCAUCAUCUCCGAUUCCAUUUGCCGAUGAUUCUUCCGAUUCUGAGCCGGAGGAAGAACUACCCGCUGCACCUGGUCCCAUUACUACGUCCAUCAAGCAGCCCAACAAUACAAGGAGCGUAGAGAAUUUGCUAUACUUCCAGGCUGCCCAAGACCACGAGGAAGACGACAUCUACCAAGAUAUAUCUGAUCCUGACGAUGAUGCUAUGGCAGUCGUUCCGGCCAAAAGUGUGUCAGAAAAUGAUAACGAAGUCGAAUUAUUUUCUACGGCUGAAAGUAGCCAAAAUGAUGUUACCGAAAUUGAUGGAAUUGAAGUGGCAGACACGCGAGAUGAAAUUGUUGACGAGGAAAUGAAAGAUGUCAUGGAAAAAUUGGAUCAAGACUUACAUAGGAUCACACAAAUGUCAGACGAAAUCGGAAGGGCUAUAGCUGUUAGCGAGUCGCAAUCACCGGCCUUAAUGCAAGAAGAUGAUCAAACUGAGUUAAAAAAUGAUGAAGACAUCACAGUGAAACUUUCCAACGCAGGAUUGGAAAACGAAGCCAAUGAACCAAGUAUUGCAGAUGAUCCUGAAGAUAACGAAGCGGAGACAUUCAACGUUGAUGUCGCUGAAGUUGAAGAAGAAGCCAUUGAGCUAGCAGAAGAAGCUACUGAUGAAGUCUUAACGCAUGAUGAGAGGGAAACAGAAAAUGUAAACAAAAUCGACCAAGAGAUGUUGGAUCAGUCAGAAGAGUUGCCGGGAAAGACAGAAGAGAUACCGCACCAGUCAGAACCAAUUUAUGAAGAGUAUGAAAAAACAAACGUGCCAGUAGCUGACAUUUCUACUAGUGUACCGAUGGCAGUCGAAGAAGAUGACGAAUUCAAUAACAUAGAUUACAUUGAUGAUGAUGAAUACGAAGAUGAAUAUGAGGAGGAAUACGAAGAAGAUGUUGCAGGUGCCAUCAGUGACGAGCACGGAUCUGCAGAGGAUGUCGAACGACCUUUUAGCGCCGAUAUUUUUGAGCGCCACGUACAAAAGGUUAUCGAGGAAGAUUUCCCCGAUACCAAAGAUGCCAAAGCACCAGCUGUUCAAAUAAUCUCUUCCAAACUGAAUCAAGUAAUGAGUAGAGAAGUAGCUGCAACCAAGAGCACACCUGAAGUUGUCCUUGCACCGUACGAGCGCAAGGUCCGACAAUUGCUGGCUGAAGGGAAGGCCGUGUCCUACGAAAAAGCUGAACUUGCUGCCAGGCUAAUGGAUCUCAAGUUCAACGAAGACGAAUCGAUUUACGCAGCCAACGAAUGCGGUUCCCUUUACAUGGCCAUAUCAUAUUUACAGCAAGAUUGCGAACUCUGCGCAAAUAAAUACGGUGUCAAAGAGAUGGUUUCUAUGCUUCACUGCACACAUCGCUGUUGCCGUGGAUGUGCCGAGACUUACUUUUCUACACAAAUUCGCGAUCGAACAAUAGUAGAUGCUGUGUGUCCAUUUUGUUCAGAACCGUCUAAACUUGCCGAGGAUGAAGAGUUAGCAAUGGACUAUUUCACUCAUCUGGAUAUUCUACUCAAGGGUAUUGUACCGCCCAAUAUUCACGAGCUUUUUCAGCACAAAUUGCGCGAUCGCACUCUAGCCAAGGACCCAAAUUUCAAAUGGUGCAACAAAUGCUCUUCGGGUUUCAUCGCAAAUCCACGUCAAAAGCGCUUAUAUGCCCAGAUUGCCGAGCCGUGACGUGCGCAACUUGCCUGGGAGAAACAACACGAAGGUUUGACAUGCGAAAAAUUUGCCGAGUGGAAAGAAGCCAACGAUCCAGAGUAUCAAGCAGAAGGUCUGGCCAAACAUCUGGCAGAGAAUGGAAUCCGGUGUCCCCAGUGUCGUUUCCAGUUCUCAUUAACCCGCGGAGGAUGCAUGCAUUUCACGUGCACGCAAUGCAAAUACGAAUUUUGUUCCGGAUGUGACCGGCAAUUCCUGAUGGGAGCCCGUUGUGGGGUUGGGCCAUUCUGUGACAAACUGGGGUUGCAUGCCCAUCACCCUCGAAAUUGCAUUCUAUCUGCGAGACAAAGAGCCGCGAGAUCUCCAGCAGCUUUUGACGGUAUUGGGGAACAUGGGGUUCCAUUCAUGACGGAGCCACCCGAUUCAACGGAAAACCCUAAACAAUGCGCAGUUCAACUGCAAAGAGAAACUUCAGACGGAUUGGUUGACGACGUGUGCUCCAAUGAAGUUAAAGAGGGACAGGCCUGGGCUUUGCAGGCUCCAUUAUGUGGAAUACCUUGCGGCUUUGAUUACCAAAAACGACGUGGAUCCAUUGGAUAUCUUUAGCUCGGAUGAGCUUGAAACGCUACUCCAAACAGCCAGCAUCCGCCGGCCGUCCCGGUCGCUCCCACCAAACGCGCCUCUCGUGGCAUAUCGCCGUAGACUUCUCGAGGUAAUUGAAGAGAAGCUGCCACUCCAUUGAAGCAAUAGAAACCGCCUCUUGGUCGUCACCAUCUGGAAAUUAACCGCCGAAUUUUCUCGGACGAAUGAACCAACACGUCUGGUUACAUUUUAAUUUACUGUCAUAAAUUCUUUCUCCCACAACCCUUUUUCCCCACGAAACAACAGCAGCCGAGCGGCCUGUUUUAUUUGACUAUGUUACGAUCUUGUCACACAAUGCCCCUUUCAACCGAACAGUAUACGUGAGCGACGUCAUCGUCAUCAUAAAUGCAAUAAAACUAUGCUGGUUAUAAGGUAUCCAAUAAAAGUCCUAGAUCAAGGACGUCCGCUUACUAA